AUGUAAUCUCAAAUUAACAAAACCUAGAUCCUAGCCAAAGUGAAGAAAUGCCAUAAGAACAUUUCCAAACUGAAUGAAAAAUUGUAUAUUUUUGAAAUGUUUAACAACAAAUCAAAUUUCAACAUCGAAAAAAAUCCAGAUGAGAUCAAAUCAAAGGAAAUUAAAAACUCUGUAGUUAUUAUCAAUGAUGAAACCAGUGUGGAAUUGAUUAUGAAUACAGAGGAUCCCCAAUAAGACCAGGUUUUAGAUAUAAAACAGACUGCACGCAAAUUAAUAUCACGAUUUUAUUAUCACAUCAAAUAAAAGAUGAAAGAAGGUUCCAUAAAUCAAAUUGAAGCAUUAAAGUAAUUUUGCGAUAAAGAGGGCAAAAACGAUCUCUAUUUAAAGCUUCAUCAAGGAUUUCUAAAAUUGUAUUUUGAAAAAGAUUCAACAUGUAAGGAAUGUCAUUAAGUCAUAAAAAACUAGUCAAAUUGUCUUAAUCAUAUCAGAAAGGAACAUCUGGCUGAUCUAGAGAUUUAUAUUUGUAUUAAAUGUAAGUUGUCAUUUUCUAAAGGAGAUGUAUUGGAAAAGCAUAUUUAACAACAGCAUUAUUAAUAGUAGACUAUGGUCUAGAGUCACAGAGAGACUAAAGUGAAUGUCUAAUAAAUGCAAAGCAAACCAUAAAGUAAUGGAAAUUGCAUACAACAUAGGUUUAAUCAGAAAUUAGAUUUAAAUAAGAUUGUUUAGAAUAUCUAGCCCCAACCAAUUCUUAAGAAAAUAUUAGUGCCCUAAUAAAAUAAUAAUAGUUUAAGAUCCUCAUCAGACGAAGCAAAAAAGUGUAUGCCUGUAUUUAAUCAAGUGUAUAUCCCUGUAGAAUUUUAAGCAGGAAAUGCUGAGGAGAACCAUGAAGAUAAGUUAGAUCUUAAUUCCAAUACUAUCAAAAAGCCAUCCAAACUUAAAAUUAAAUACAUAUAAGUAUAAAAAAAUGAUAAAACAUAAAAUAAUUGA